CCAGGACACCGUGUGUCAGUGCAUGGAUGGGCUCAAGAGAGACCCUGGCUCAGGGAGUUGUCUGCAUGAAGAGGCUCACACAGCACCACAGACAGCAUGCGCGGCGAGGUGCGGAGCAGCGGCGGAACCCGCGGCCACUUCCUCGAGCACGGCGAAGGACGGAGCCAUGGUGUCACCAGCGGCCCAACCCGGCGGCGCGGCGAGGUUAAAAUACACGGCCGUACUUGGGGCUCCCCCGGUGGGCGCAGCGUGGUGUGGAGCUGCGGGAUCGCCAGCGGCCAACCCCGCAGGCGCGGCGUGAAGUGGAACCCCAGCUGCGGCCGUGGUGGAGAGCGGCAUCGCGGCGUCCAUGGCACCGACUUGCGGCGUCGCAGACAAAAUUGCGGCCGCUUGCGGCGCCUCAGCCAACAUGGCCGCCGCUGGUGGCGUCGCAGCCAAAAUGGCGGCCGUCUCCUGCGGCGCAGCCAUUGGGAAAAUGGCGCCGAAUUCAAAAGUGGUGGGAGGCUCCCAUUCCGAGUGUGGGCCGGGUGGCUGCAAUCGCGCUCUCACCUCGGUAAUUGUGGCAGAGAGCUGCGUCAUCGCCUGCAGGAUCAGCUGCAGCUGCCCCGCGCAGGCGCGCCCCGCCGUCUCCUCCCGCUCCGUCCAAGUCUUCUCCCCCGGGGGCCGUCACCGGGGCCCCAGACUCCGGGGUCACUGCCGGAGCCUCCUCCACUCCAUCUUCGACCUCAGAUCAUACCUUCGGAAGGUUCUUGUGCCGCGCGCCAGAUUUUGACAUGGUCGCGGCAGCGCAGGCACUCUGACACCAGUUGUAGAAGAGUUCCAGACAACUCGGAGACGGAGGUGAAGUUUAAGGGCUUGCGCUGAUAGUUUAUUAAGGCUAUUGCCAAUAAUACAGGAGAUACACUUCCCCACAAGGCUCGGCUCUAUCUGUUCCCUUCCACAGCAGGCUGCCCCAUGCUG